GGACACUCGCUGCCGACAUGUCCUGGCAUUCGCAUCCCGUCGGGGCCGCCUUGGGGGCGGCGCUCCUGGUGGCGGCGGCGGGGGCGGCGGGGAUCUACCCCACGCUGCCGCCCCCCAUCGGCGCGAUCCGCCACGACGCCAACCUGCCGCCCGGCAUCUGCAUCACGCUGGAGAAGAACCCGAACGCGACGGGCAACGGUACGACGGCGGCCCGGCUCGCGGCCAACGUGACGGCGGCCCUCAACGCCUCCAGCCUCGCGCGCGCCGCGCUGGCCAGCAACAAGACCGGCGGCGCGCAGGGGGGCGCGUUGCUGGACCUGGUGGAGGUGCGGCGGUGCUGCGAGGGCUACGCCAAGGGCCGCUACGGCCGCUGCGAGCCCCAGUGCCCCAAGGGCUGCCCGGUCGGCAGCAACUGCACCUCGCCAGGCGUGUGCAGCUGCCUGGGCGACAAGGUGCACGACCUGGCCGGCAACUGCGUCGACACUUGCCCGCACAGCUGCCUCAACGGGGUGUGCGCUGGCGGCGUCUGCAAGUGCGCCGAGGGCUUCCGCGCGACGGACGACGGCCGCCUGUGCGCGCCACACUGCGAGGGAGGCUGCGUGGCCGGCAACUGCACGGCGCCGGGGACGUGCGCGUGCAACGAGGGCUUCGUCAAGGACGUGUUCUCGCGCUGCGUGCCGUCCUGCAAGGGCGGCUGCCUCAACGCGGACUGCACGGCCCCCAACACGUGCACCUGCCACCCGGGCCACACCAAGAUCCGCGACAUCCCCAACGCGUGCGAGUCCCAGUGCCGCGACGGCUGCGGCUCCAACGCGCGCUGCACGGCCCCCAACACGUGUACCUGCCUGCCCGGCCACGAGCACGACCCCAAGGACGAGCUGCGGCGCCGCUGCGUGCCCAAGUGCGCCAAGGGCUGCGUGAACGGCGACUGCACGGCCCCGGACACGUGCACGUGCAGGCAGGGCUUCACCAUGACGAAGGACGCGACGGGGGCGGCCACGGGGCUCUGCGUGGCGCACUGUGAGCACGGCUGCGUCAACGGGGACUGCCUGCAGUCCGGCCGCUGCACCUGCCACCAGGGCUACGUCAAGGACCCCCAGGACGAGACCGGGUCGCGCUGCAUCCCCUUCUGCCCCGGCGGCUGCGGCAAGGGGCGCUGCGUGGCGCCGGGCCAGUGCUCCUGCGGCGCGGGCUUCGUGGUUGAGCCGGGCAAGGGCUGCAAGCCCGUGUGCACCGAGCAGUGCGUCAACGCCAACUGCACCGGCCCCAACGAGUGCACCUGCAACCAGGGCUUCCGCAAGGACCCCACCUCCCUCGCGGGCAACAAGUGCAUCCCGCUGUGCCCCGAGGGCUGCGUCAACGGCGACUGCGUGGCCCCGGGGGUGUGCGGCUGCCGCCAGGGCUUCCGGCGCGACGCCAACGACCCGCGCGGCCGCACCUGCAUCUCGGACUGCCUGGACGGCUGCCCCAACGGCGUGUGCCGCGGCCCGGACGACUGCGUCUGCCACGAGGGCUUCAAGAAGUCGCCCCUGGGUCGGUGCGAAGCCGGUUGCUCGCAGGGCUGCUUCAACGCGGACUGCACGGGCCCCGACACGUGCACCUGCCGCGCGGGCUACCAGAAGGGCAGCGGCGCCCCCAACGUGUGCGUGCCCAAGUGCAGCAGCGCCUGCGAGAACGGCGUCUGCUCCGCGCCCGAGCUGUGCCUCUGCAAGGCGGGCUUCAAGAAGGACAAGAACAGCAAGGGCAAGUGUGUGCCGCUGUAGGGCAGUGGCUUUCUCGGGGAAUAAUAAGAGACGCAAAGGUACAAUAACACAGUUACUUUUUUUGCCUUAAAAGUGUACAGGUUUUUGUAAAUUACAAAUUUGUUACUGUAGUACACAGAGGUAUGUCACAAACCUCACAUUUCGGAGAAGGUGAGAUCGUAUGUUAUUCUGAGUUAGAGACGAAAACCAGGUUUCAUCAAAAUAUCACUAUAUAAAUUAAAAACCAUCCAUUGUAUAUUGUGUAAACACUCCGAUACAAAAUUCAUUGUACAGUUCAGAUGACUAAAAUGAUAAAUUACAUACACAUUUUUUUUUAAACUUGCGACAGGAAAGAAAAACUACAUUAUCUAGAGCUUUAUAAGUUUUGAGUCAUGUAAUUGACUUCAUUUAAGAAAAAUUUUCAAGCCAUGUAACAAAAGUCUUAAAUUUUCCCCUCAGGUUUCACAAUUUUAAAAAAAAUUCAAAAACAAGAUUGCAUCUACAAAAUUAUGAUUUGGCACUUUGCCAGUGUUCUUUCAGUAAUCCUACGAUUAACCCACAUCAAAAGCCAGUUAUUACUUGAUUAUGACAUUGUAAUGAAUUGGCACUGAUUUGGCAGGAAUCUUAACAGAAAAUUCCAAACUAUUCACUCGGUACAAAGAAGUUUCCUAGAAACUAAACCAAUCUGCAAACAUUCACUCAAACUUAAGAGACAAUGAAAGCCACAAGAAGUAUUCCUAUUGAAAGGCAAUACAUAUAAACCAUGUACUCCCUGUCCUUAGUUUAUUAUGGAUUUACAACCAACUCUAUGGGACACUAUGGCAUGGUGCAGAAGCAUUGUCUACCAUUAAUUAAUUUGUUCCUUUGAAAAUUUCCAGACAAUAGAAAAAAAUUCAACAGAAAAAGACAGGAAAAAUCAGAUGAAUUGAUUUGAUGAAUAAAUUGAGAUAUGGAGGAGAAUACUAUUUACACAACACUGUCCAAUCAAUGAUAAAUCUGAAUGAUAUCCAGGGUCUACAGUGUGAUGUGCACGACCCUCAAGAAAUUUCAAUUUCAAUACUAGCUUUUACAAAAAUACUUUGAAUAUCAGUAGUAAGAGAGAUAAACCUAAAUUCAUUCAUAAAAAAAAAACUCAAGAAACAGACGGAACAUGAAUUGGUUCACUGGCAUAUGACAAACUGCGUUCUGCUUCACAAGCUAAAAUUAUCAUACUCAAACUGUAUUAAAGGCACAGCAGCUUCCUUAAAUUAU